AUGCACCUCGUAGGCAAAGCAGAAGAGGACAAUCGAACGGUCAUCACAGAAUUCAUCCUCCUGGGAUUCGGGAAUCUCCCUGAACUGCAGGUCCUUCUCUUCCUGGUUUUCUUGGUGAUCUACAUUGUGACCAUGUCUGGGAACAUCCUCAUCAUUGCGCUAGUUGUGGCUGAUCAGCACCUUCACACCCCCAUGUACUUCUUCUUGGGGAACUUGUCCUGCUUGGAGACCUGCUACACCUCCACCAUCCUGCCCAGGUUACUGGUCAGUCUCCUGACUGGAGACAGAACGAUUUCUGUCAGUGGCUGUUUUGCACAGCUUUAUUGCUUUAGUUCUCUGGCAGCUACAGAAUGUUAUCUCCUAGCAGCGAUGUCUUAUGAUCGGUAUUUAGCGAUAUGCAAGCCCCUGCGUUAUGCAGCCCUGAUGAAUGGCAGGUUUUGCCUCCAACUAGCAGCGGGUUCUUGGAUAAUUGGAUCUCUAUUUUGUGUAAUAAUAAGGUCUUUUAUGUCAGAAUUAACAUUCUGUGGCCCCAGUGAAAUUGACCAUUUCUUUUGUGAUUUUUCCCCAAUGCUAAAACUCUCCUGCAGUGACACCAGCAUGAUCACAGUGGUUAGUGUAAUACUCACCUCCCUAGACUCUCCUUGCCCAUUUCUAUUAACUGUGACAUCCUAUGUUUGUAUCAUUGCUACUGUACUGAGAAUCCCUUCCACCACCGGGAGGCAAAAGGCCUUUUCCACCUGCUCCUCUCACCUCAUUGUGGUUACAGUUUUCUAUGGGACCCUAAUGACUGUGUAUCUGCUACCAAAAACCAAUACACUGAAAGCACUGAACAAAGUGUUCUCUGUCUUCUACACAGUUCUGACUCCCAUGCUUAAUCCCCUCACCUACAGCCUGCGAAACAAAGAGGUGAAGGAGGCCCUGAGAAAAGUCAUCCAUAAAUAUAUGUUUCUCAAAUGA